AUAGAGUUCCGGAUUACGUACGCCAUACAGAGAUACUGCUGUCCGGGCUUUAUACAGGAAGGGAAUCGCUGUGUAUUAAUCACAACAACAACACCGUCCACAACAUUAGCUCCAACUACAACACAAACGACAACCACGACAAACCCAGAUGACGUAGGUGAUCCUAUAGAGGGCGCUUUAGAGGAAGCUGACGGAAAUGGCGGCGCUCUGUCUGAUGGAGCAGUCGUUGGAGUGGUGCUAGCUGUUAUUUUUGUCAUUGCUGCCGCACUUGUCGGUCUCAUGUUCAAAAUACGUAAAAAUAAGAAACAAGACAAGGAGGCAAUAAUCCAGUCCGAGAUGUACCGAGGGCAGUCCCUCCAUGAGAACGUGAUGGACCCCGACCAGACAUCAGGGGGGAGCCUUUGA